CUCUGGCAUCCAAUAUAUAGAGUAAUAUAUUAAAUGAUUGAAGGAAAACAGAUGAAAUAGUCGGAUUUUUACCACACAGAAUGAGAGCCACUCAGGCGGUAGUGGCUGCCGUAGCAGUGUUGCUGGCUUCGACACAUGCUUAUCCCACCAUCGAGGACCAUGCUGCGAAAUUUGAAAGCCGACAAAUUCAGGACCGUGCUGAUGAGGAGUACCGAUUGCCAACCACCUUGUCACCUGAGAAUUAUACGGUCAUCCUAGCACCUUACAUCGAGGAAGGAAACUUCACUUUCGAUGGGUUUGUCUACAUCGAGAUGAAAGUUGUUGAAGCGACGAACUCUAUCAUUUUGCAUGCGAAGGACUUGAACAUUACCUGGAUCGAGGUUUCCUUACCAGACUCGAGUACCAUAAAUGUCACAGAACAAGCUUUGAACGAGGUUACCGACAUCCUAACACUCACACUAGAAAGCUCUCUAACAGUAAAUUCAACGGUAUACCUGAAGAUUCUAUAUGUCGGUGUACUCAACGAUGACAUGACCGGAUUCUACAGAAGCUCAUACACCGAUUCCAAUGGCACUACAAAGUGGGUCGCCACCACUCAGUUUCAGCCCACUUAUGCAAGACAGGCGUUUCCAUGUUUCGAUGAGCCGGCCUUCAAGGCAAAAUUUAACAUCCUUGUUAACAGACCGGAAGGAUAUCACGCGAUCAGCAACAUGCCAAUCGUUAAUGCUUCCGAGCUGAGCAAUGGCCGUAUCACGGAUGUCUUUGAUGAAACACCAAUAAUGUCCACCUACCUUUUGGCCAUUCUCGUAUCUGACUUCGAGAACUUAACAACUUCAGAUGGGAAUUUUAGCACGUGGGCGAGGCCAAACGCCAUUUCCCAAGCGGAAUAUGCCCUCAGCCUAGGUCCCCCAAUUUUGGCUUACUUCUCGGAAAUAACUGGUCAUGACUAUCCUCUGGCCAAAAUGGACAUGGCAGCUUUAACGGACUUCUCUUGGGGUGCUAUGGAAAAUUGGGGCUUGGUUACAUAUCGUGAGACUGCGAUGCUUUACGACGCCGACCACUCCUCGGCCACAGCCAAGUCGAGAGUUGCCACCGUCGUGGCUCACGAAUUAGCUCAUAUGUGGUUUGGCAACAUUAUCACAUUAGAGUGGUGGGACUAUGCUUGGCUUAACGAAGGAUUUGCCAGAAGGCUUCAAUAUUUGGCAACUGACAGUGUUGAAUCGUCAUGGAAUUUGCAACAUCAGUUCUUAGUUGACCAACAUCAAGUAGUAUUUGCCAAUGACGCUUUAGAAUCAGCGCAUGCAUUGGUUGCUUCAGUGUUGACUCCCACCGAGAUUUCCAAUCACUUCAGUACAAUCUCGUACAAUAAGGGCGCCAGCAUUAUCAGGAUGAUUGAAACUGUUUUAGGGGAAUCGGUUUGGCAUGCAGUUCUCCAUGAAUAUAUCGAAGCUAAUAUGUACGGCAACGUCGAACCGGACGAUCUUUGGGCGGCAAUUCAAGACCAAGUUGAUAUCAAUGACGUGAACUUCGGUAAUCAGACUGUAAAAACAGUUCUCGAUACCUGGAUAUUGCAGGCGGGUUUCCCCGUUGUCACGGUGAACGUUACUAACCAAUCUACCGGAAUCGCCACGAUAUCUCAGGAACGAUUCCUACUACGGGGAACCGAAAACUCUCUAACCAACUUGACCUGGUGGGUACCGAUAAGUUACAUCACUGCGAGUGAGCCGAACUUCAACGACACAUCAACAAAGUACUGGCUGGGUAAUGAAACUGCGACUAUUCAAGUGGGCAACGGAACAGAAGACUGGAUUUUGUUCAACGUUCAGGAGACUGGUUACUACAGAGUCAACUAUGAUGUAGAAUCUUGGACAAAGAUCAUAAACCUACUCAAUAGUGCAGAUUUUGAAACAAUCCACGUUCUGAAUCGAGCCCAAAUUGUCGAUGACCUCCUCAAUCUCGCCAGAGCCGACUAUGUCAGCUUUGAAAUUACUUUGGCCGCAACGCAGUACCUUGCGCAAGAAAGCAACUACGUCCCGUGGAAGGCAUUUUUCACUGGAUUGAACUACUUGGAUCGUCGUUUUCUCGGACAAGAUGACAUGUACGACUUGUUUCAGACUCACCUCCUAACUCUCAUCGAUAACGUUUAUAAUAAACUUGGCUUCAACGACGUGACCGGGGAAGAUUGGUUGGACACGCUUAACCGCCGUCAAAUCCUAGACUGGGUCUGCAACUAUGGGCAUGAGGAUUGCAUUUCGAAGUCCCUUGAAUAUUUCGCUGCGUAUAAGGCAAACACUUCCAACACGGUUUCUCCAAACCAGCGAACUGCCGUGUACUGCACUGCCAUCAAGCACGGUACCUCAGAGGACUGGUACUUCCUCUGGAACCAAUAUUCUCUGGCAAAUGUUGCAGCGGAACAGAUAGUCAUACUUCAAUCACUCGGCUGUUCGAGAAACUAUACUAUUCUUUACGACUAUCUGCACUAUCUUCUUGAAGAAGAACGCGGAAUCAGAGCUCAGGAUAUGUCGACGGUAUACGCUGCGGUCUACACUUACGGUGGAUUGGAAGGCGUAAACGCAACGCUGGACUUUGUUGCUGAUUGCUACAGAGACAUUGAAUCCUACUAUGGUAGUUUAAGCUACGUUUCAAGCAUUUUAUCCGGUGCGUCUCAGAGAUUAUCGACUCAGGAGCUUCUGGACAAGUUUUCUAGCAUUAUCGAAACUCAUGCCGACAACUUGACGUCGAUAUCAAGUAGCUUGUCAUCCCAGCUUACUCUCGCUCAAUAUGAACUGAAUUGGUAUAAAGAACACGCUGACGUGAUUUCUACCUGGCUCUCCGAGCUGUAUGAAACCACGGAUGAUUAUCGUCUACCAACGACAAUUUAUCCAACUACUUAUGAAGUUCACCUAGCCCCUAAUUUUGAGGUGGAUAAUUUCAUAUUCAACGGCAGUGUACAGAUCGAAGCGGAUGUCGUCAAACAAACUAACAAAAUCGUACUGCAGUACUACGAAAUCACCAUAAUCAACGUUUCGGUGGCGGCGAACUCCUUAUCCCUUGUAAUUUCAAACACGACUUACAACUCGACUACCCAUAAGUACACGAUUAUACUUGAAACAGCAUUAGCGGCUGGAACGUCCAUCGUUAUUGAUAUUAUUUACGUGGGAACUCUGGACGAUGAUAUGCAAGGAUUUUACCGAAGCUCAUAUAUCAACGCCGAAGGUGAAACAAGAUGGCUGGCUGCCACUCAAUUUCAAUCUACGUAUGCAAGACAGGCAUUCCCUUGCUUUGACGAGCCAUCUUUCAAGGCAAAGUUUACUAUCCACGUUCAAAGACUAACGAAUUAUACCAGCAUCAGCAACAUGCCACUGGCCAAUUCAACUGCAUCUGAGAAUGGCUACGUGUGGGAUACAUUUGAACAGAGUCUCACUAUGUCCAGUUACUUGGUAGCGGUUCUGGUUUCCGAUUUCGAUGUUGUGACUAAUACAACAGCAAACUUUAGUGUAUGGACAAGGCCUGAAGCCAUUUCUCAGGCCGAAUAUGCUUUGGAUUUCGGCCCAAAGAUGCUGACCUAUUUCGAGAAUCUCUUUGGCCAUGAAUAUCAACUGUCCAAGGUAGACAUGGUGGCGAUUCCAGACUUUUCUGCUGGUGCAAUGGAAAACUGGGGCCUGAUCACAUAUAGAGAAACACGAGUACUAUAUGAUGAAGAUCAUAGUUCAGUAGCCGCACAGCAGAGAACAUCACCUGUUAUUAGUCACGAAUUAUUGCACAUGUGGUUUGGAAAUCUGGUCAGCCCGAGUUGGUGGCGCGUCGUCUGGCUUAGCGAAGCUUUUGCCAGGUAUUAUCAGUACUUCGGCACAGCAGCGAUCGAGCCAACGUGGAAAUUCGAUCAGCAGUUUGUCGUUGAUCAAUUGCAAGUCGUGUUUGCAACAGAUGCUCUGGAAUCUGCAAUUCCAAUGACCAACGACGUAUCUACCCCGUCUCAGGUCAGUUCGAAUUUCGGGACUAUAUCCUACGCGAAGGGUGCUAGCAUCGUCCGUAUGACAGAGAACUUCCUUGGAUCCGAACCCUUUGUCGCAGCACUACACAAUUACCUGGAUGCCAGGCAAUACUCUACGGCGGAUCCAGAAGACUUAUGGGAAGCGCUACAAGAGCAAGUAGACAUCUAUGGACUGGUAUUGGGCAGUUCCGUGGAAGAUAUUCUCAAGACUUGGACCGAACAGGCAGGCUUUCCGGUAAUCAAUGUAUCCAUUACUAACGGGAUUGCUACGCUGUCGCAGGAACGGUUUUUGUUGAGAAGAACCAACAGCUCAGUGACCAACGUCACGUGGUGGGUGCCAAUCACCUGGGUGACCAGCAGUGAUCCCAACUUUGAGAAUACAACGGCCAAAUAUUGGUUCAGCAAUGAAACUGCGACUGUUAAAAUAGCCGAAGGAACUCCGAACUGGACCAUUUUCAAUGUUCAAGAAUCUGGAUACUAUCGCGUCAAUUAUGACAGUGAUUCAUGGGCGCGCAUCAUUGCGUAUUUGAAGAGCUCGGAUUUUGAGGAGAUCCAUGAGUUGAAUCGGGCUGCGAUUGUGGAUGAUUUGCUUCACCUUGCAAGAGCUGGUUACUUGGAUUACGAAACCGCACUGGAUGGGUUGCAGUAUCUCAGUCAAGAGACUAAUUAUUUACCGUUUAAAGCCGCGUUCACCUCGCUUGUUUACCUCAACCGACGUUUCGCUGGCCAGAACGGUGAAUCGUUGUACAAUACGCACAUGCUGGCUUUAAUUGAAAAUAUUUACAACGAACUCGGAUUCGAGGAUCAAGAUGGAGAUGAUCGAUUCACAGUCCUGUUGCGAAGCGAAGUUAAUAGCUGGGCGUGUGACUUCGGCCAUGCCGAAUGUAUAUCUAAGUCCCUUGAAUACUUCGCUGCGUGGAAAGCCAAUUCAUCAAAUUUAGUUCCCAAGAAUCAGAGACCUGCAGUGUAUUGCGCGGCGAUUAAAUACGGCUCGUCAGACGACUGGGAGUAUCUCUAUGAGGCAUAUUUAAACUCUAACGUUGCUGCAGAACAAACUGUAAUUCUAACUGCACUUGGUUGUAGCCAAAAUAAAACCAUCCUCAACAAAUACCUUAGCUAUGCGACGACCGGUUUCGCUAGCAACGGAGUCCGUCGCCAAGAUAGUACGUCUGUGUUUGCUGCCGUUUAUGGUGCAGGUUUAUUCGGCGCUGAAGUUGCACUUGAUUAUGUCUCAGAAAAUUAUGGAAUAAUGUAUGAGUACUACCAAGGGUAUAGCAGUGUAUCUUCUAUCCUGUCAGGGAUCACUCUUAGGCUAUCGACGCAGGAGCUGAUCGAUAAAUUCGAACUCGUGAUAGAAAACCACGGACAGAAUCUCAGCUCAAUCGCAUCUUCUCUCGAAUCCUACCUGACCUUGGCUAACUACGAGUUAAACUGGUACAAUGAUAACUCACCAGCCAUAAUAAGCUGGCUAUCUGCAUUGUAUGAAGAUGAAGAUACGAGCGCGACGACAGACUACAGACUUCCAACAAAUAUAAUUCCACAAAGCUACGAGAUACGUGUCACGCCAUACCUGGGGGGAAACUUCACUUUCGAUGGCAUCGUGGACAUUGAAACGAAUGUAGCUACACCGACAAACACAAUAGUUCUUCAUACUGAUGAAAUCACAUGGGAUGAAAUUACUGUAACUAGCAAUGGCAUCGAGGUUGCAAUAGUUAACGUCACUUACGUCUCAACGUAUCACUUCCUCACCAUAGAACUCAACUCUACGCUUACUGCUGGUUCUGUUGUUCAUAUCAACGUAGUGUACACGGGUAUCCUGAAUACAGUGAUGCGUGGAUUUUAUAGAAGUUCGUACAUUAACGACGAUGGUGAAACUAGGUGGCUCGCAGCAACUCAUUUGGAACCCACUGGAGCCAGGAAAAUGUUCCCCUGCUUUGAUGAACCAGCACUUAAGGCCAAAUUCAUUGUCCACGUAAAUAGACCAGAAGACUAUAAUGUCAUCAGUAACAUGCCGCUAAACUUCUCCUCGAGCGCUGUUGACGGUCGCGUUUGGGAUACCUUUGAACAAACUGUGACCAUGUCGACAUAUUUGCUCGCCGUGAUCGUCUCCGACUUCACAAGCCUCACGAACGAAACUGCAAACUUCAGCGUUUGGGCAAGGCCGAACGCUAUCGACCAAGCAGCUUACGCGUUGUCCAUUGGGCCACCACUGGUUACUCUUUUAGAAAACCUGAUCGAUCACGAGUACCAAUUACCAAAACUCGACAUGGCAGCUCUACCAGACUUUACGUCUGGCGCUAUGGAGAACUGGGGACUUCUUACCUAUAGGGAAACGCGGAUGCUAGUUGACGAUGAGCACACGUCGACCCCGGACAAACAGGUUAUCGCCAACGUUAUCGCCCACGAAGUGACACAUCAAUGGUUUGGUAAUCUCGUCAGCCCUGAAUGGUGGAAGUACUUGUGGCUGAACGAAGGAUUUGCCAGAUACUAUCAGUACCACGCCACAUCGGGUGUUGAAACAACGUGGGGCUUACAGUCUCAGUUUGUUGUGGAACAACAUCAAGUCGUGUUUGCCGCUGACAGCCUAACAUCGACUCAUGCUAUGAGCUAUGAUGUAUACAGUCCCACUCAAAUUCGCAGCAUCUUUGAUUCCAUCUCUUACGCUAAAGCAGGCAGUGUCAUUCGUAUGAUGGACAAGAGUUUUGGUGGAGUGCUGUUCCACAAUGCUCUGCACGAUUACCUGGAGGCCCGGCAAUACACCUACGCUACACCCGAACACCUUUGGGAAGCCUUCCAAGGUCAAGUGAACGCUACAAGUUUGGAACUUGACGCUAGUGUAAAAACCAUCAUGGACACGUGGGUUAACCAAGCCGGUUACCCGGUUCUUAACGUUACGAUUGCAGCCGGUACUGCUACGCUUUCCCAGGAAAAAUUCCUCUUAAGAAACACUGCUAACGCUAGCACUGAACAAACAUGGUGGAUACCUGUAACGUGGACGACUCAAAGUGAUCCUCAAUUCACCAAUACAACCCCAACGUACUGGCUGAGUGCACAAAGCUCAAACAUUACAGUGAAUAAUGGAACCAACGAGUGGAUUAUUUUCAACCUUCAAGAGUCAGGCUACUACCGCGUUAACUAUGACACGCAAUCUUGGCUGCGUAUUAUAAAUGCUUUGAAAACUGAAGAAACUACGAUAAUACACGAGCUAAACCGUGCCUCAAUAAUUGAUGACCUCUGCAAUCUUGCCAGAAUGGGAUACGUCGAGUACGAAAUUUUACUUGAGGCAACGCAGUAUUUAAAGCGAGAGACUAAUUAUUUACCAUGGAGAGCUGCGUUCAAUGGUUUAACUUACCUGAAUCGACGAUUCGCAGGCACAGAUUCUUACGAUUUAUACAAGCAACACAUCCUCGCAAUUUUGGACACAGCAUACGAAAAUCUUGGAUUCAGUGACGUUGACGGAGAAGAUUACUUCAAUACUCUUCUGAGGCGAUAUGUUCUUAGUUGGGCUUGUAGCUUUGGACACGACGGCUGCAUAAGCACAUCGCAGGAAUUGUUUGCGGCUUGGAGAGCCAAUUCCUCUGCAACUAUCCCUGUAAAUCAAAGAACUGCUGUUUACUGCACUGCCAUCAAACAUGGAACAUCAGAAGAUUGGGAAUUUUUGUGGAAGCAGUACCAAGCGUCUAACGUCGCCACGGAAAACCUUGUCAUUCUAGAUGCUCUUGGAUGUUCGGAAAAUACAACUAUUCUUCACGAUUACCUGACAUAUGCAAUUACUGAUUUCGCCGAGAGUGGAAUUCGCUCGCAGGACAGCUCAACUGUAUUUUCUUCGGUUUACGGCGCUGGUCUGAUUGGAGCUGAAUAUGUUCUCGACUUUGUCGAAGACCAUUACGCAGAAAUGUACGAAUACUAUGCCAGUUACAGCAGCAUCGCAUCAAUACUAUCGGGAGUUGGUACCCGGUUAUCCACACAAGAACUCGUCGACAAAUUCGAACUGUUCAUUGAAAAUAAUAGCGGAAAUCUCUCUUCAAUAUCUUCUUCUCUUAACUCGUAUCUAAAUUUGGCAAACUUUGAACUAGAAUGGUUCGAAGACUAUUCGCCGGAGAUAAUCGAAUGGCUGUCCAAAACGUACGCCGAAGAGAGUACAUCCGUAAACUAUCGUCUCCCAACUAACAUCCUACCCGAGUCGUACGACAUAUAUCUGACACCAUAUUUAGAAAUAGACAACUUUACAUUCUCCGGAGAGGUUCAGAUUGCCAUGAACGUUGUUAGUGAGACUGCCGAGAUCGUUUUGCAUGCCUUCGAACUGACAAUCCAGGAAAUAGUCGUAUAUGAAAACGCGAUAAAUCUUCUGACGGUUUCCAGUACUAAGUACGACUCAGUUACCCACAAGCUUACUCUUUCUUUUGACACCACUUUCUCGACAGGCACCUCUAUUACUGUAUACAUUGCAUACACUGGAAUCCUGAACAACGAAAUGAAAGGAUUCUACCGCAGUUCGUACACGGCUGAAGAUGGAACGACACACUGGAUAGCAACAACCCAGUUCCAGCCUACUCACGCACGGCGUGCCUUCCCAUGCUUUGAUGAGCCAUCAUUCAAAGCCAAAUUCACAGUGAAUAUCGAAACGCCCGACGGUUAUCAUUCGAUUAGCAACACGCCUUGGAGCCAAUCUGUAACAUCCACGACCGCUAACCGUACUUGGGAUUCGUUUGAACAAACCGUGACGAUGUCAUCUUACCUGAUUGCCUUUAUCGUAUCUGACUUCGAGUCAAUAGAAAACGAAAACCAGGAUUUCAGAGUUUGGGCACGACCAAACGCCAUAGAGCACGGUGAAUAUGCGUUGUCAGUAGGGCAGGAGAUAUUAGACUUCCUCGCUGAAUAUACUGACGUAGCUUAUCCAUUGACCAAAAUGGACAUGGCAGCUAUCCCGGACUUUUCUGCUGGUGCUAUGGAAAACUGGGGACUUGUUACCUACAGGGAAUACGGUCUACUGUCGAACGAUAACGUCACUUCAUCAACGUACAAGAAAUACAUCACCACCAUCGUCGCACAUGAACUUGUACACAUGUGGUUUGGAAACUUAGUCACUUGUGAAUGGUGGGAUUACACUUGGCUUAAUGAAGGGUUCGCUCAGUACUAUCAAUUUUUCGUUGGCGAAGCGGUUGAGCCCGAAGGAAAACUGCUACAGCAGUUUGUUGUCUAUGGACUUCAUAGUGCUAUGGAAACUGAUGCAUCAGCCUCUAUCCGUGCAAUGAAUAGCGAUGUUUCAACCCCAAGCGAAAUCAGCAGUGGCUUCGAUACAAUCGCUUACGCAAAAUCCGCUAGUGUUAUCCGGAUGAUGCAGAACAGUUUUGGUGCGACACUCUUUGCUGACGCCCUGCACAAUUACCUUGAAGAAAAUCAGUAUAGCACGUCGAAUCCCGAUAAACUUUGGGCUGCCAUUCAGACCCAAGUGGACCAAAACGGUACACUUGAUGAGGUGGGCCAGACGGUCAAAACUUUAAUGGACAGUUGGGUGACACAGUCUGGAUACCCAGUUGUCAAUGCGAGUCUUUCGUCUGGUGUUGUUACUCUCACGCAGGAAAGAUUCUUACUUAAUCGAACUUCGACCUCGGUUACCAACUAUACUUUUUGGAUACCGGUCACAUACACCACCGAGUCCAAUGCAGACUUUGAAACAACCUCGCCCAAACUUUGGUUUGGUGAAAGUUCUACAUCCAUAAACUUGGGAAUUGCAGAGGAAUGGUUCAUCUUGAACGUCCAAGAAGUUGGCUAUUAUCGCGUGAACUACGAUGAAGAUUCAUGGUCGCGGAUAAUUUCAACCCUGAAAAGCAGUGAAUUUGAAAAAAUACACGAGUUAAAUCGGGCACAGAUUAUUGAUGACCUUCUAAAUUUGGCGCGAUCCGGUUACGUGGAGUACAGUCUCGCGCUAGAAGCGACUUUGUACUUGAAGCAGGAAACCAACCAUCUUCCCUGGAGAGCAUUUUUCAACGGGCUUGCAUUUUUGAACCGACGUUUCACAGGGCAAAGUAGUAAAGAGCUCUUCGACGAAUACGUUUUGGAUCUUAUAGACAACGUUUACGAACAUGUUGGCUUGAGCGACGUUGAUGGGGAAGGUCAACUGAAUGAACUGAACAGACAUCUGAUCGCAACUUCUGCUUGCAAUUACGGUCACACGGGCUGUAUCGACCAAGCGAAAACUCUGUUUGCCAAUUGGCGCAACGACAACUCACAGUGGAUAACUCCAAACAUUCGACCAGCUGUUUAUUGCACAGCCCUUAAGUAUGGAACUUACGAAGACUGGGAUUUCCUGUGGGAACAAUACGGAACUACAAACUUCGGGUCCGAACAAGUUGUCAUUUUAAACGCCCUUGGAUGUACCACCAACACAACUAUUUUAUCCAACUACCUUCAUUACGGAAUAUCAACGGAUCAUGGUAUUCGAACACAAGAUAGUUCGACCGUUUUCUCUUCCGUGUACGGGUCACAUCAAAUAGGCUUGGAGCAUACCUUGGAUUUCAUCAUUAACCACUAUAACGAUAUGUACGAAUAG